AUGUCUCGAAAGCAUCACACCUGGAAGGAGCAGAGUCCUUGGCUGUCUUCCUUGGUGAACGCUGUGGGGACCGGUGUGCCCACCAAGGGCUUCUCCAUGGGCACAGAUGAGCAGGUGGCACGCUGGAACCCACCUCGGUGCGGUGUGCCCGACCUCCCGGUGUCGCUGGAUGGCCAGAAUGGGCGGAACCGGCAGAAGCGGUUCGUCCUCUCCGGUGGACGCUGGGACAAGACUGAUCUCACCUACAAAAUUAUCAGGUUCCCGUGGCAACUUGUGAAAGCUAAAGUGAGAAGGACCAUUGAGGAAGCUUUGAAAGUCUGGAGCGACGUGACCCCGCUGACCUUCACUGAGGUGCAGGAGGGCCGGGCUGACAUCGUCAUCGAUUUCACAAGGUACUGGCAUGGAGAUAACCUGCCCUUCGAUGGGCCCGGAGGGAUCCUGGCACACGCGUUCUUCCCCAAGACGCACCGGGAGGGAGACGUCCAUUUUGACUAUGAUGAAACCUGGACGAUUGGGAACAACCUGGGCACUGACCUCCUCCAAGUGGCUGCUCAUGAGUUCGGCCACGUCCUGGGCCUGCAGCACACGGCUGUCUCCAAGUCACUGAUGUCUCCUUUCUAUAUCUUCCGCUACCCACUGAGUCUGAGUGAGGAUGACAAGCAAGGUAUCCAGUACCUCUAUGGGAAACCCAAACUAGAUCCUGACCCAACCCCAACUCAGCCAGCAGAGCUGCCCCAGCCAGACUUUGAAACAAACGAGAUCACCAAGGUGGAGUGGCAGGGGAUCCCCAGCGCCGUUGAUGCCACCUUCGAGGACCCUCUGGGCAAUAUCUGGUUUUUCCAAGAUUCUCAGUACUGGAUUUAUGAUGGCGAGAGACGGGUAUCUGGUCCCACCCCGAUUGUGGAGCUGGGUCUCCCUCCAUCCCCUGUGCAGGCAGCUCUGGUGUGGGGGGCUGAGAAAAACAAGAUCUACAUCUUCAGUGGAGGCAACUACUGGCGCUUCAACCCUCACACCCGCCAGGUGGACAACAUCUAUCCCCGGACCAUGGCCGACUGGCGCGGCGUUCCUCAGGAGAUUGAUGCGGCUUUUCAGGAUGAGUUCGGUUUUGCCUAUUUCCUGAGAGGCCGAGAUUACUGGAAGUUCGAUCCAGUCCAGGUGAAAGUGCUGGAGGGCUACCCACGCCAGAUCAGCCAGGACUUCUUCAGCUGUACACCUUCCUCCAACUCCUUCAGAUGA